CCGGUUAGCUCAAUCGGUAGAGCGUGUGGCUUUUAUAAAAUGCACACCUCAAGGUUGCGAGUUCGAGCCUCGCAUCGGGCGAGUUUCUUUUUCUUUUUCCCUCACACUCUUUUUACUUUAUUUAUUCUCUCACUUCCUUCCCACCUACUUCUUUUUUCUCGCAUUCCUUUUUUCUCAUCGUUCAUUGUCUUCUAUGCCCCUCCUCAGUGCCAUAUCCUUUUCCUGUUUGUUCGAUCACUGUAAGACCCACAUACAGCUUUCUGCAACUAUCUCGAACCACUCCAGCUAAGCCACAAAACUCACCGCAAGAGUGUCAUAAUGAUACUCCCCACCCUGGAUGUCAGAAACAUCCUCCAAUGGGAAAUAUAUCGAUCAAGAAAUACCACCAACUGGACCCCAUCAAAAACUCUCUUCCCAAUCUCCUCUACGUCUCAUCCGGAAUAAUCGCAGUCAUACUCACCCCCUAUCACCACCUAACCCCACACCCCAACCCUACACGAAGAACAAAACACUUCCAUUCCCAACUAGAUCUCCAUUAUCAUCAUCCUCCUCCUCAUCAGCACCACCCUCCAUGCCCCCUCCCCCCCGCGACUCCAAACGCACCCCCUGGACCCCCUUCACUCACAACAAAGCCGACGUCAUCGAGCACAACAUGCUCAUCGACAGAUUCCAGACCUGAGGCCUGGUCAUCUACCGGUGCACCUACAAAAGUGACUCCGAGUGGGAGUCAUUCAUGUCUCGCUUUCUGCACGUGACUCGGAGACGACUCGCAGGUCACGACGACCUGGACAUGUUCGAUUCCUUUGUGCCGACUGUAAUGGACAAUAAGACACUGUUUGACCAUGUGACUCCGUAUACUGUGUGCAUCCGAGCAAGGAGUUCCGUUCUCUUUGGCCCGGUGGCGAAUACAGCACGGUACGGACUGUGUAUUAUGGUAGAUGAGAAGGCUUGUGGUCGGUGGUGGAUAUUCCGGUUGAGGAGUUGGAUGGGUAUAAUGAUACUGGAUUUGUGGUGUUGGUCAUUGGGAGGCAGGUGGUGGAGAGGUGUUGGGGGGAGGGAUCGUGUGCAGGGAUAGAGGAUGAGGAUGAGGAGGAUGAUUUUGAGCCAUUGUAUGGGUGCAUGUUGGAGGAUGUGGGCUGGAUGAAG